AUGACAACAACUCUUGUACAAGACCCUAUUGUUUGGGUUGACAUGGAGAUGACAGGAUUAGAUAUUGAUUCCGAUCACAUUUUGGAAAUUGCAGUCAUUAUUACUGAUGGUAAUUUAAAUAUUAUUGCACAAUUGGAUUCAUUGAUUGUUCAUCAGAGUGACUCUGUUUUAGAUAAUAUGAAUGAUUGGUGUAAACAGCAUCAUGGUGAUAGUGGUUUGACUGCUGCCGUUCGAAAGAGCUCAUUCUCCAUUCAGCAAGUUGAGGAUACAGUCUUGGAUUUUGUUAAACACUAUGUUGCAUCGGAGAGAUUGGCUCCAUUGGCUGGUAACAGUGUUUAUUGUGAUAGAUUAUUUAUGAAAAAGGAAAUGAAAAGAUUAGAUGAAUAUUUGCAUUAUAGAAUUAUUGAUGUUUCUUCAAUUAAAGAGCUUGCAAGAAGAUGGUCACCUGAAACUCUUACCAAGGUUGUAAAGACUGGAGCCCAUAGAGCACUUGAUGAUAUCAAAGAAUCUAUUGAAGAAUUGAAAGUUUACAAAAAGCAUCUAUUUAAAUUGGAAUAA